UCACCAGUCCGUUUUACAACCAACUAGGCUAUCGCCGCUUUAUAAAGGCGCGCUUUUAGCAUACUUCGUUUCUGUUAAUGCUAGAUUAACUGAAACGAAGUGUGCCAAAUUAAGUCACACUUAUAUUGUAUGCGUGAUGAGAUGAUACAAAUGGGCAAAAUAGUUUUAUUUUAAUGUCAAUUCGCGUAAAGAAAUCAUUAUUGAACAUUUUGUCUUCCAGCCUCAUCCAUGAACAAUACUGCACAGCCAAACGCCUUUACUACGCGUUUAACAGUCGCAGCAACAAUGUAGGAGCUACCAUCACCGCCCUGUCGCUGCCACCAGUAGCUCAGGUGCUGGAAGCAGCUGGAGAAUCCACAUCUAACUUAUUGAGAGCUGUCGCUAGCGGGUACGACGCAUCUGCUGCCGCCGCCUCAGCCAACAAAGCACUUCUGCGGGCAGCCGAAAGAAUUCAAUUAUAAACAAACAUACUAAUAAAAUAUACAUGAAUGUUGUAACAAAUAUGCUUUUUGGCUCCAUAUAACGAAAUAUGUAUUCGGUUUGAUAUUCUAAAUAUUAUUAAUAAAUUUAGACUUAUUCUAAUUUGGACAACAUAAAAUUUUAAAUGUAUAUAAU